UUGUUGCUUAAAACAAACAACAAACUUUUGUUACCGAGUAAUCAAAGUCAAAGACACAGAGUAAACCAAAGUUUUGCUUGGUGGAUAUUGCUCCGAAAUGAAUACUUUAUGAUCCCGUUGAGCAACUACUUGCUAAUUUGAUAGCCUUAUACUUACUACCGAUUGUUUCCCUCUUUGAAACUGAAUCCUUCUUCACUUUUCAACUGUUUCACAAAAAUGGCCGAUCCCAUACUUGGAGUUGUAUUUGAGAAUUUGACGUCUCUUCUUCGUAAUGAAUUUUCCACCCUUUCUGGAAUCAAAUCAAAGGCUCAAAAGCUAUCAACCACCUUAGAUUUGAUCAAGGCCGUUCUUCAAGAUGCUGACCACAGACAACUCACCGACCGCUCUAUUAUGUUGUGGCUGCAACAACUCAAAGAUGCAGUCUACGUGCUCGAUGAUAUUCUUGAUCAAUUUUCCACUCAAUCUCGUCGACUUAGGGGCUCAUCCUCUUUCAAACCAAAGAACAUCAUGUUUCGUCAUGAGAUUGGAAACAAGUUCAAAGAAAUUACACGUAGAUUUGAUCAGAUUGCUGAAUGUAAGAACAAGUUUCUUCUACGAGAGGACGUUACUGUUAGGGAAAGCUCAAUUGAAGUGGCUGAAUGGCGCCAAACCAGCUCCAUUAUUGCUGAACCCAAAGUAUAUGGACGAGAAAAUGAUAAAGACAAGAUUGUUGAGUUUCUUCUCACCCAAGCAAGGGACUCUGACUUUCUUUCUGUCUAUCCUAUAGUUGGCUUAGGUGGUGUUGGAAAAACAACUCUUUCUCAAUUGGUCUACAAUGAUGAUAGGGUGAGUAGCAAUUUUAAUACAAAAAUUUGGAUUUGUGUUUCUGAGGUUUUUUCGGUCAAGAGGAUUCUGUGUUCUGUUAUAGAAUCUAUCACAAGAGAGAAGUGUGAUUUUCUGAAUUUAGAUGUAAUACAAAGAAAGGUGCAAGAGUUGUUUCAAGGUAAAAGAUAUUUGCUGGUUUUGGACGAUGUGUGGAACCAAAAUCAACAACUGGAAUUUGGAUUAAGCCAAGAGAAAUGGAAUAAGUUGAAAUCUGUAUUGUUGUGCGGAUCCAAAGGUAGUUCCAUUUUAGUUUCCACCCGUGAUGAAGUUGUGGCGGAAAUCAUGGGAACAUGCCAAGCUCACCUUUUGUCAGGUCUCUCUGAAAAUGAAUGUUGGUUGUUGUUCAAACAAUAUGCAUUUCGACAUGAUAGAGAAGAGCGUGCAGAGCUUGUGGCAAUAGGCAAGGACAUAGUUAAGAAGUGUGGUGGAUUGCCUCUUGCUGCACAGGCUUUGGGAGGUCUAAUGAGCUCAAGGAGCGGGGAAAAGGAAUGGCUUGAAAUUAAAGAGAGUAAGCUUUGGGCUUUACCACACGAGAAUUCUAUUUUGCCUGCAUUAAGGUUGAGCUACUUUCAUCUAACCCCGACCUUAAAGCAGUGUUUUGCUUUUUGUGCCAUAUUUCCCAAAGGUAUGAAAAUCAUGAAGGAAGAAUUGAUUCAUCUUUGGAUGGCUAAUGGGUUUAUUGCAUCUAGGGAAAAUUUGGAGGUUGAAGAUGUUGGUAGUAUGAUUUGGAAUGAAUUAUGCCAAAAAUCAUUCUUUCAAGACAUCCAAAUAAAUGAUUAUUUAGAAAACAUUUCUUUCAAAAUGCAUGAUCUUGUCCAUGAUCUUGCUCAAUCAGUCAUGGCGCAAGAAUGUAUGAUUUUGGAGAAUGCAAACAUGACUAAUUUGUCAGAAGGCACACAUCAUAUUAGUUUUCAUUCUACUAGUCUGUUAUCAUUUAAUAAGGGUGCCUUCAAAAAAAUAGAAUCCUUACGGACAUUGUUUCAGUUCAAUUAUUAUAAGAAAAUAAAACCUAAGUACUUCCCAUAUAACCAUUCUCUUCGGGUUUUAUGCACCACCUCUCUCCCGAUAUCAUCACUCGGAAGUUUAAUUCAUUUGAGGUAUUUGGAGCUUCGUGGUCUUGACAUAAAAAUCUUCCCUGACUCAAUUUACAGUUUACAAAAUUUGGAAAUCUUGAAAAUAAUAAAUUUUGUAAAACUGAGUUGUCUACCGAAGCGCCUGGCUUGCUUACAAAAUCUUAGACAUCUAGUCAUUGAAGGUUGUUAUUCAUUGUCUCGCAUGUUUCCGUACAUAGGAAAAUUAUCUUCUUUAAGAACAUUAAGUGUAUACUUUGUUAGUUUAGAGGGAGGACAUACAUUGGCAGAGUUAUGUGAUCUUAACCUGGGAGGAAAACUGAAUAUCAAAGGAUUACAAAAUGUUGGUAGUUUAUCUGAAGCUCAAGAGGCCAAUUUGAUGUGUAAAAAAGACCUCCGUGAAUUAUGCUUGUCAUGGAAAAGCAAUUGUGGAUUUAGUGAGACCCCUACUAUUAGUGCUCAACAAGUACUUGAAGGGCUUCAACCUCACACAAACCUCAAGUGGUUGAAAAUACAUUGCUAUCAAGGAUUAUACUUCCCUACUUGGAUCAAUUUUCUUAGUAGUUUAGUUGCUCUUGAGCUUAGGGAUUGCAAGAACUGUGUGCGGCUUUCACCCCUUGGUAAACUACCAUCUCUAAAACAACUCGAAUUAUGCCAAAUGCAUAAUGUGAAAUACAUGGAUGAUGAUGAUGAAUCUCACAAUGGUAUGGAGGUGAGGGUUUUCCCAUCUCUGGAGGUACUCUCGUUAAAAGAGUUACCAAACUUAGAAGGGUUGUUGAAAGUGGAAAGAGAAGAGAUGUUUCAUUGUCUUUCUAGUUUGACAAUCUUCAAUUGCCCUAAACUUGGAUUGCCAUGUCUUCCAUCUGUAAAAGACCUCUCAGUAUAUGGAUGUAACAAUGAGUUACUGAAGUCAAUUUCUACCUUCUAUGGUCUUACCAACCUUGACUUGUAUGGAGGUAACCAAAUAACAUCCUUCCCAGAGAGGAUGUUGAGAAACCUUACUUGUCUUCAAACUUUGAAAGUAUUUGAUUUCCCAAAACUGAAGGAGUUACCAAUUGAGCUUGAGCCUUCACCAGAGCAAAUUUGUGAAGGUCUACAAUCCCUUCGAACCAUGAAGAUUAUUUACUGUGAAGGAUUGAGAUACUUGCCGGAAGGUAUGCAGUACCUCACUUCACUUGAGGUGCUAGAAAUUCGCGAGUGCCCAACAUUAGAGGAGCGGUGCAAGGAGGGAACAGGGGAGGACUGGGACAAGAUAGCGCAUAUUCCAAAAUUAAAUAUUGGUUGGAGGGAAUAAACAGAUACGUUUGAAGAGCAUUGAUUCAGCUUUUUUACUCUUACCUACUUCCAUCACCAUUGUCGUUCCCUUUGUUUGUUGCUCUUUCUGGUUUGUCACAUUUCCAACUAAACUGGCAGGCUCUCUCUUCCCCCUCCUCCCUUCUUUUGAAUUUGUUUCUUAUCGUGAAGUAACAAUCUCUGGUAUUGUUUUUGCAGGAUUUGCCACUCGUAUCUCUGCACCAUGGACUGGUGUGUGCCCACAUGGAAGAAGUUAGAAAGUAUUAUCAGAAAAGAGGACGCUUCAAUGAACCCAUCUCUCUAAUGGAGUGGGCUAGGACUGGUGCGUGCCCACAUGGGUAUCUUUACUGAGUUGGGAGUUCUUUAUGCAAGAUAUCGUCCUGAGAAUUUAAUGGAGCACAUUAAGUUGUUCUCAACCUGGCUCAACAUUCCCAAGCUUUUUAGGUGUGUGAUGAACAUCAUGUACCUAUGCAUUCACUAUGAUGAGUUUAACAAUGCUGCAACCAUUUAAUGAAUCACUCUCCAGAAGUAUGGGACCAUAUGCAAUUCAAAGAUAUUAUAGUUGAUGUUGCCAACGUUAACUAUAUUAUAAGGCUGCUUGCUUCUACUUGCAAGAACAUCCUGAUAUUAUAAAUGAUGUUGUUAAUGUGCUUGCCCAUCGUGUGGACCACGUCCGUCUUGUAGAUAUAAUGCGAAAGGUCUGUAUUUCUCGUACUCUAUUGAGCAGGUCUACAUUUUCUUAUUCCAUUCCUUGAAAUAUCAGACUCUGGUAUUCAUAUUUUAGAUCCUUGGCAAUGAUUUUAGUCCCUUUUCACAUUGGGCAGUGUGACCUCUUCUUCAUUAUGAACUAUAUUCAAUGUUUCUACAUCUCACUAUUGCUUA